AGCACAUUACACAAGAAAGAAGAAAGAGGAAUUCAAUAAUGCUUCCAAGAUUUCACAAUUCAUGUCAGAAUAUAAAAAAUCAAUCUUCUGUAUCUCACUCCAUGUGAACCCACCAAGACCUUUCUCUCUCCUUUGUCUUUCACUUUUUGCAGUAUAUAAGCUCAAUACAGACCCCCAACUUUUUCUUCACUAUCUCUCUCAACAGUAGUUAGUUGCGGACCCAGAAUACAUUAUGGGAUUUGGGUGCGGGUGUAGGCGCCAGGUUUUGUUCUCCUUGUUCUUGUGUGUAUUCCUGUUCUUGCAAGAAGCAAAUGCACAACAACACUAUUACAAUAUAACCAGUUCAUUGAAAGGAAGGAAACAAGUGAGUGGUUGCAAUUUGUUUCAAGGGAAAUGGGUGCUUGAUGCUUCAUAUCCUUUAUAUGAAUCUUCAGGUUGUCCCUUCAUUGAUGCUGAGUUUGAUUGCAUAAAGUAUGGCAGACCUGAUAAGCAGUACCUCAAGUACUCCUGGCAACCUGACUCUUGUGUCCUACCGAGGUUCAAUGGAGUGGAAUUUCUGCGGAGAUGGAGUGGGAAAAGGAUAAUGUUUGUGGGUGACUCACUGAGUUUGAAUAUGUGGGAAUCACUGGCUUGUAUGCUUCACGCGUCGGUGCCAAAUGCCAAGACAACUUUUGUGAGGCGGGACUCAUUGUCUUCUGUAUCUUUUCAGGACUAUGGGUUAACUUUACUUCUGUAUAGAACACCAUACCUAGUGGAUAUAAUUAGGCAGAACAUAGGAAGAGUACUGACGCUAAACUCAAUCCAAGCUGGAAAUGCCUGGAAAGAUAUGGACAUGCUCAUCUUCAACUCAUGGCAUUGGUGGACUCACACUGGAAGUGCUCAGGCAUGGGAUUAUAUUCAGGAUGGAGAGGCAUUGUAUAAAGAUAUGGACCGCAUUGAGGCAUUUUCCAAAGGGUUGAGUACAUGGGCUAGAUGGGUUGAUCUCAAUGUUGAUCCCCUUAAGACCAAAGUGUUCUUCCAGGGCAUUUCUCCAACUCAUUAUUUGGGGAAGGAAUGGAAUUCGCCGAGAAAGAACUGCUUAGGAGAAUUAGAUCCACUUUCAGGAUCUACAUAUCCGGCUGGGGCCCCUCCAGCUGUUGCAGUAGUGAACAAAGUAUUAAGCACAAUGAACAAGCCUGUUUAUUUGCUUGAUAUAACCACCCUCUCACAACUGAGAAAAGAUGCUCAUCCAUCAAGCUACAGUGGUGAGCAUUCUGGUACAGACUGCAGCCACUGGUGCCUUCCAGGACUGCCUGAUACUUGGAACCAGCUUUUGUAUGCAGCUCUUGUCAUGUGAUUCUCAAGGGGUAUAUCACAAUACAGCAACAGUUCUAUUUACAGUGUUUUCUAUUUUUUUCUUUUCAAUACCAGCUUGUAAAUCAUAUUUUUGGAGGUGAAGAAAUUCCUCAAAACAACAAGGAGGCAAAAAUCCAUUGUGAAGUGAUUGAUUUUUUAGAUCAAAAUAAUUGUUUUCGGAUUGUAGGAAGACAGAAAAGUUUGAAUUCCUUAUUGUAAACUUACAUUUAUCCAAUAUAAAAUUAUAUAAUUAUCAGUGUUUUCA